GCUGACACUUACAUUGCAUAUAUGACCGAAGCUGCCAUGCCACUCUUUCACUCAUGAAUUUCAUUUGCUUCGGAAACUGAGAUAGUAGCGAGAGAGAGAGAGAGAAUGAGAGAAGAGGUUAUCAGCUCUGGGGGCACCGUUGAUCCCACACCUGCUGCCAGUUCUGCUGGGGCAUCAUCCCCUGCUGUUCCAAUGAAUGUUGGCAGCAUAGAUGGGUCAAGUCAUGGACAAGUCUCUAAAGCGGCUUCUCUCUCAUGUGUUGGUUCACAACCACCAUGGACUUCCUUGAGCACAAGUGCUGGUGGUUCUGCUUUUGAUUCUUCAAGAUUUUCAUGUAGACCGUGGGAAAGGGGAGAUUUAUUAAGACGUUUGGCCACAUUUAGUCCUUUAAAUUGGCUUGGGAAGCCUCAGAUCAUCAGUUCAUUGGCUUGUGCUCAGAAAGGUUGGAUGAAUGUUGGUGUGGACAAAAUUGCUUGCGAGUCAUGUGGUUCAUGCCUGAGUUUUACAUCAUCGCCAUCUUGGACAUCAGCUGAAGCUCAAAAUGCCAGCGAAUCCUUUGCCAGGCAGCUUGAUUCGGGGCAUAAGGUUAAUUGCCCUUGGAAAGGUAAUAGCUGUCCAGAAAGUCUGGUGCAGUUCCCUCCAGCUGCUCCAUCUGCAUUAAUUGGUGGCUACAAGGAUAGAUGUGAUGGGCUCGUACAAUUUCACUGUCUUCCUGUGGUAUCGAUUUCUGCAAUUGAGUUGAUGUCUAUUUCCCGAGGCCCACAAAUUGAACGCUUUCUAUCGCAGUCUCAGAAUUUUAUGUCAGGAGAAGUAGACCUUAAACCAGAGAUUUUAUCUGAGCCUGAAAACUCUCAGGAUGAGGCAUACUACUUAUAUUCUCGUGCACAGAAGCUUAUAGGCCUUUGUGGUUGGGAACCAAGAUGGCUUUUAAAUGUUCAAGAUUGUGAAGAACACUCUGCUCAAUCUGAAAGAAAUGGAUAUUCUUUUGGCCCUAGCAAGACUCAACUCCAUCUUACUCAAGAUCCUGGUCCAAAAGCAGUUUCUGCUUCUACUAAAAUGGAUGCCAGAAAGGCAAAGGCAUCUCUUAAGGAGUCUAGACUUGACUCUAGGUCACCUUUGCUUGAUUGUAGCUUAUGUGGUGCUACAGUUAGAAUUUCAGAUUUUUUAACUGUUCCUCGUCCUACUCGCUUUGCACCAAACAGUAUAGAUAUUCCUGAUACUAGUAAAAAAAUAGGAUUGACUCGUGGAGUGAGUGCAGCUAGUGGAAUCAGUGGUUGGAUUGCAGCUGAUGAUACAGAGAAAGAUCAGACUGAUGACCGUGAUGAAGUUGCUACAAAUGAGGGGAAAUUGUUGGCUAACACAGAUUUAGACUUAAAUCUUACCAUGGCUGGGGGUUUUCCUUUUAAUCCCUUGGGCAGGACAGCAACAUCUGAAAAUACUCAUGAUGAAGAUAUGGGAAGGGAUUUAAUGAUUGGACAGCCUUCGGGGAGUGAGAUUGGUGAUCGUGCAGCUUCAUAUGAAUCACGAGGGCCAAGUUCUCGUAAGAGAAAUCUUGAAAAAGGAGGAAGCUCAGAUGAUAGGCCAAUUCUUAGGUUGCAGCAGCAGGCUGAUAGUGUUGAAGGAACUGUCAUUGAUCGUGAUGGAGAUGAAGUGACAGAUGGUGGACAAUAUUCAGCUGGUCCUUCAAAACGUGCACGUGACUCUGAUAUUUUUGACACAUAUGGUUCACCUCAUCAAAGAGACUCAUCUGGUGCUGGUCCCAGCCAUUCAAUGGGUUUUGAGGCAUAUGUUGCUGGCAAUCGAGUUUCUUCAUUCCAUCAAGGUAGUGACCACCCAAUAGGUAUCCAAUCAGCCAGGGACUCAACCCGUGCAUCAUCUGUCAUUGCAAUGGACACAAUGUGUCAUAGUGUAAAUGAUGAUUCCAUGGAAAGUGUUGAAAACUACCCAGGAGACCUUGAUGAUGUUCAUUUCCCCUCCUCUAGCACAUAUGGCAAUGUGGACAUGAAUGAAACAUCUGAACUGAAUAACAGCAAUCAAGCACAGCAAAGCACUUGCUUACAAACAGCUACUGAAGUUGUCCCUGGUGAAGUGGGUGUCAGUAGUACAAACUAUGGAGAAGAACUUUUCAAUGCAGAAACUGUGACUGCUCAAGCUCGAGAAGGAAUUAGUUUGGGCAUUAGUGGAGGAAGUGUUGGAAUGUGUGCUAGUCAUGAAGCUGAAAUCCGAGGUGCAGAUAUAUCUGUACACAGAGCUGAUAGUGUAUUUGGGGAAAUGGAACAGAGGGUAGAAGAUGCUGAAAAUCAGGGACAGACUGGUGAAUCUGUUCCGGAUCCAGGUCUAAUGGAUGAGAUUAUCCCUGAUGAUAUGAACAGGGAAGAUCCUAUUGGUGAUAGCCAGGAGAUGAUGUCUCACUCGGCAGGAAGGACAGACAGUGGGUCAAAAAUUGGUUGUUCUACAAAGGCAGAAUCUGUUGAAAGUGGUGAAAAAAUUAGUCAAAACUGCAAUCCACUACCGGCUAAUAGUGGUCAUCCGUCUCGUUCUUGUAAUGCCUCUAUUUACUCUGAUUGUGAAAAUACUAAGGAAGAGAUCAUGAAGGAUGGUAAAUCAUCAUUUGCCAACAAUUUUACUCUCCUUGAAUCAGAUUUUGCCAUUGCAAAUGGGAUAGGCCCCCCAAAAGGAGAAAGUAAUUAUGAAGAAGCUGUAGAAUUUGAUCCUAUUGUUUAUCACAACCAAUGUUGCCCUUGGGUGAAUGGCAAUGUUGCUGCCGCUGGCUGUGCUAGUUCUGUUCCAAGCACUAGUAGUGAUGCUGCACUUUGCGGUUGGCAGCUGACUUUAGAUGCUUUGGAUGCUUUGCGAUCUUUGGGGCAUAAUGCCAUGCCGACAGUACCAUCUGAGUCUGCUGCAUCUUUGUACAAGGUUUGUCUAUCAAACAUAUCGUUUUUUUUUUCUCCAUUUUUGCCCAAUUGUAAUUUUGUUGAGCCGAACAAUAAACCUUGAGUCAUGACGAGAGCAGACAGCUAUGAAUUUAUUUCAUUUUAUUUGAUUGUAAGUUUGAGUUUCUUGUACAAACUACUUUUUUGUUGAUACAAUGUAAGUAGACCAAGACAUCAAUGCAUUUGCUUGUUGAUACAAGACAUCUAGACCAAGACAAACUACUUUUACAUUGCAGCACUGAGAAUUCAUAUUCAUCAUUUAAGAUGGCAGACCUAGUGUUGGUUUGUAAAUAAGUUAUUUCAAUGUAUCUAGGAUCUAGAGGAACAGCUGGAUUUAACACAAGUCUCAGUAAACUAUUUCAAUGUAUCUACCUACUUCCUUGCUACUUUAAUUCACACUUCUCCUUUUUCCUCACCUGUUUUUUUGCUUGUUUUAGUGAUUGGAUAUCUUUUUUAAGAGUGAACUAUGCAAUUCCCAUUUUUGUUUUGUUGGAAGGACAAAAAAAGAAUCAUAUGGUGUAUUGGAACACCAGUAGGAAGUAAAGGGAUGAGACAUCUAAAGGCUUGUUUGAUUCUCUUUUUCCUAUUUGGGAAAAAGUAAUGCAGUGUCUCACCCGCUGACUCACAUUCUAGAGGGCAGGAUCUAUUCCUCUCCAUAAUUGAGUGAAAAGAAGAAAAAAAUUAUAUUAAAAAAUUAUCAAAUCCAGGACUUCUAAUUUACAUCUCCUCCCCUUGUUCAUUUAAGUCUCCCUCCCAAGCAUGCAAAAAAUUCCUGCCUUUCCUCGUUAAAUUUCUGAAGAGAAAGGUGACUCUUCUUUUAUUUUCUUCACUUUGCUUCAUAAACUUUCCUUCACUAUUUUUUAAAAUCUCCCUAGCCAUCUAUUUCUAUUUUAUGUUAAUAGAAUUUUUUACUGUAUAUUUAGUUAGUUCAUACAUAUACAUGACUAGAUUUCAUUGAGUAAAGCUAUUUCCAGAUAAUAGUAUUUUUGUUAAAGCAGAAGUAUUGAUAUCCAUAGAACGCUGGAGUAGAGAUUUAUCAGUUUGUUUACUUUGUUAGCACCUCAAAUGCAUGUCUUGGUAAGUUGAGAAUGACUGUACAUUCAUGGAUCUGCAUAAAAUUCAGUGCUUGAACUAUAUAUCAUGUAGCAUGCUUAGCCGCUUACCAUUGAACCAUAUAAACCCCUGUCUUGUAUGACACGUUUUUAUUAGUUAUUUAGCAAUAUAUGUAUAGCCAGCAGUUCCUUUUUGCUCUUUUGGUAUU